AUGAAGUACGUUCAGCUUACAAUCGAGCUCAUCACCAAGGCCUUUGAGACAUUCUCCUCUAAGAAGGGAGUGGAGUUUAACAAGAAAGAUGCAAAUAAGAUCUUUAAGGCGCUUGAUGAGGAUGAGGAAGUAGAGAGAUACUACUUUUGUGGAGAAAAGUGCACCAAGUCCAAGCGCAAAUGCAUGAAGGAAGUUGAUGAUGAAGGCAUGCAUUGUUAUGUCCACGAUCCUGCGCGCAAGUGUCAAGGCACAACUAUUAAGGGUGCUAAUUGUGGUAGUGUAGCCAAACUUGGUCAAACAUACUGUGGACGUCAUCAAGAUCAAGAUAGAGGUUAUAUAAAACGUAGUAACAACAACGCACCUGUCGACAAGCGUACUAAGUCUUCCAAGGCUUUAAAGAAGACACAUACUUCUAAGUUUGUGUCUUCCGAUGACGAUAUGACUUCCGAGGAUGAAGAACCAAAGAAGCGAAAGAGAAACAAGCAGGAGUCAUCGGAUGAAGAGCCGUCCGAUGAUGAUGAUGAAGAAGAUAUAAUUGCCGUCUCCUUUCCGUUGAGUCCAAAGUACAUUAUUAGGCUAAAGGAAAAGAAUCUCUACAUUGCAUUGUGUCCACCUAAGCUCAUGGGCAAGAAUCUCCCUGCGCCAGAAAUAUCUGAGAAAGAGGCACGCAUAUUGGCCAAGAUGGGUCUUCAAGAGGCAACUUCAGCAGAUGUAGAAAAAAUAGAAGAGUCUUCUGCUGAUGAGAAUUCUGACGAUGAUACAGAUGAUGGUGAUACGUCUGAUAAUGCUGACUCUGAGGAUGAUUCCUCUAAAGAUAAAGACUCUGAUGAUGGCAAGUCCAAUAACAGACCUGAUGUAGAAUCUGGAGAUGAUACCUCUAAGGAUAACCCUGAUGAAAAACUAUCUCAUAAAAAGCCAUCUAAGGAUGAUGAGAAGAAGACUUCUCGAAAGAAAAGGCAUUCAGAGAUGCCCAAAAAUGCAGAGCCAUCUUCUAAUGUAGAUGUUUCUAAGGAUGAAAAAGAUGAACACACAUUUGCACUGGCCACAACGGUGCGUAACAUUAGAUCAGAGAAAGACAUACCACUUGCAAAGGAUGGAGGAUGGAUGGUUCAUCCUAAUAACGACAUGCUUGAGUAUGCAACUAACUUUACGAUGAAGGCUAAGUACAUUGUCAAGCUAUGUGGAAAGAAUACAUACGUUGGCCUGUUUACGCUUGAUCAUCUGCGUGGCGGUGGUGAUGUUCCAGAGAUGGAUAUCUUGGAACGCUCCAUGCUUAGCAAGAUGAAACUUCAAGAAAUGUCUGAUGAAGAGAGAAAGAUGCUUUUCAACGAGGAGGUCGAAGUAGAAGAGGAACUACCACACAUUCUCAAGAUCCGCAAGCAAAACAUUGUAGUUGGCUUGGUGACUGAUGACCACAUUGGUGCAGAGAAUGUCGACUAUGAUAAUCUUAACCAAAAGGAAAAAGAAAAGAUCUUUGCUAUGGGCUUUAAGCCACAAUGGAGGCCGCAUAUCAACAAAUAUUAUAACAAUCGUAACUUCCUACAAAAUCUCGACAAUAUCCAUAGCGACUAUGGGAUGAGAAUGGGCCGCUACAUCUCCCUCGGUGACGUCAUUACGCGCAUUUCUGAGAUGAGAACUGGUUACGCCUCUAUCCAAGCCGGCGACGGCAUCAACCACCAAUACUGGACUUCCGGAGGGCCUGCGACCAUGACCGCUCUCCUGGAGAUUGAAGCUUGCCUCAAGGCCGUCACCCGCAUCUCACAAUCCCUCAUAUCUCUAGCUGAUGACUUCCACCGCUACCCCCCCGCCCCUAUCCCUUCGCCUAGCCACCCUGCGGUUAUCUCCCUGAUCUCAGCUCAGACUCGCCUCCAAGAUCGUGACCCAACGCUCACCAAUAUCAAAUGCAGCCUCGAUGAAGCUGUCGAGAAUCUAGAACGGGUCAAGAGUAACCUUUUCUUGAUGGCAGGGACAAAUGUAGGAAAGAUAUAA